AGUGCAGCCACAUCAACAUCACCAGCAGGUUUGGAGGUAUAGCCGCAGCCGGCUCAGCGCCGAGGGGCCCACGGCUCAUUUUGCUUUGUAUUUCGCGGCUAAUUGCUUCGCAGUUACGUUAAUUGUGCCGUACCAGUGUUAAAUCGCAAAGGACCAGCCUGGUUUACUUCAGCGUGUUUCAGUCGUUCAACGACUCCAGAGUCGGGGCUUUCAGAGCUGUGGCCGUCGGAGGAAACAGUACCGGCGGGGCCAUUCUUUAGGAAGAGCCUGAGCAGAGCCUACCGAGUGUGCCUAGAGAACGCAAUUUUGUUGACAUCUUUGAAAGCUGCACGAUGCCUUCGAUGCCGCUGUCCUGUAAAGAAUGCUGCAUGCAGUUCACCGGCCCUGUGCCUUACAUGGAUCACAUGCAGAGCGCCAAACACAAGAAGAAAAUGGCGUCUCUGAAUCAGACUGACGCAUCGGCUCCGGCUACGGACUCCAAAGGAGUGGCUGCCGUCAAAGGAAGCUCCAUAUUGAGGCAUCCGCUGCCGUUCGCGUGCAAGCUGUGCAACGUUUCGAUGAACUGCGAAGCUGCCCUGACAGCCCACAAUAAGGGAAAAAGGCAUCAGCGUGCGUUGAAAAGUCAAGGCACCAUCCAGCAGUCGACCGAGGAGUCCUACGCUGGCUCUGCGAUGGCCACGUCAUCAGUCGUCACUCCAACUCAAGCGCCGUCCACGGCGGAAGACCUUUCCUGCGAGUUCUGCGGCAUCGUGCUUUUCAAGAGUAUGGAGUACAAGGUGCUACACCUGGAGACAGACGCACACCGGAAGAACAAGCAGUGGGCUGUGGCACAGCAAGGGUAUAAGGACGAACGCGAAGAGCCGAUCCUGAAAAGGCAGAAAACAUCUGACUACCAGGAAAGCGAAGUGACCGGAGGUCCUAAUGGCGGGUAUAACGAGUACGGAGGCUCGUACGAGUAUAAUGAGCACGGAGGCCCUAACGAUGGCUACGGUGCGUACGGAGGCCAGUGAAGUCUCUCCGCACGACACCGACGAUCGGUUCAGUCCAGGUGGUGGUUCGGGCAUUGCUGCUAAUUGGACAGAUUGAUGACCCAAAUUGCCUCCCAAUGAGUGUGACAUGUUGGCACCUGAAAACCCAUAAAAAUCACUUGUUACCUUA